CUAUUCCACAAGCAAGAAAUAACUGUUUUCUAUUUAUAUUUAGGGUUACCUUUUGCAGGGCAAACAAGCUGUGUUUCAACGGCGUCUGUGCACUGACGUAGAGGGCGCUUGGGCGAAAAUUGAGAUCCACACCCAAUAGCCUCGACUCAGCGCCAGCUACGGAAUACCCAGUACGGAGAGAGGAUUGCUGAAAGUCAGGCUCGAAAUUCGAUACGGGCUGCUUGGGUAUCAGAUUUUAAUAGCAAUAUUGAGUUGCUUUGUCCUGACCGAGCGUGUCCAACACCGUCAUUUUGGUCACUGGCGAAGACGGGUACUUGAUGAAACAUAUGCAUCAAUGGGUUGGCCGGUGUGCAACGAGACGCUGCAGGCGGAGCGAGUCUCCGAGGUCCCUCUUUGGGAUGGGGGCAUCACUUUCCAUCAGCUUGGCCUCAUAAUAUCUGCAACGUUCUCCCUGAUCGCCGUGCUUGUAUCCGUUUACCUCGUCUUCCAACAUGCCGUACACUACCUCCGGCCUCAAGAACAAAGACACAUCAUUCGAAUUCUGUUUAUGGUUCCUAUUUACGCCGUAGUAUCCUUCCUCUCUUUCUAUCACUACCGGCACACCGUAUACUUUCAGGUUCUCCGAGAUUGCUACGAGGCCUUUGCCAUCUCUGCUUUUUUCUCUCUUAUGUGCCACUAUAUCGCCGACGACCUGCACAAGCAGAAAGAAUAUUUUCGAGGUAUCGUUCCAAAGCCGUGGUACUGGCCAUUGGACUGGUUUCAGAAAUGCUGCGGCGGUGAAAGAGGCAUUUGGAGGACUCCCAGGAGUGGGCUGACGUGGUUCAAUAUUAUCUGGACAGGAGUAUUCCAGUAUUGCUUUAUACGAGUAGCUAUGACUAUCGUCGCUGUUGUGACGCAAAAGUUCCACGUUUACUGUGCAGAGUCGUUAAGCCCUGCUUUUGCGCAUAUAUGGGUCAUGGUCAUCGAAGUUAUCUGUGUCACAGUUGCCAUGUACUGUCUGAUCCAGUUUUACAUUCAACUGAAGGAGGACCUUACACCACAUUCUCCUUUUAUGAAGAUCCUUGCCAUUAAACUCGUCAUUUUUCUUUCAUUCUGGCAGGAGAUUACAAUAUCCUUCCUCACCUCGUCUGGCGCAAUCAAGCCUUCGAGUCAAAUGGGGUUGCCAGACAUCAAACUUGGUAUCCCUUCUACCAUACUUUGUGUUGAAAUGGCUGCAUUCGCUAUUCUCCAUCUCUGGGCCUUCCCUUGGAAGCAAUACAGUCUCAGCAAUUCAAAACAUAUGAACGCUCCUAAGGACGACUUCGAUGCACCACGCAUGGAAUCCUACCAAGGUGGGUUCCUCGGGAUCAAAGCACUUAUAGAUGCAUUUAACCCUUGGGAUCUUAUCAAAGCAAUCGGAAGAAGUGCUCGAUGGCUCUUCGUGGGGAGAAAACAUCGACAGUUUGAUCCGAGCUAUCAGGGCCAACCAGGAAGUUCGUUCACCGUUAAGACACCGGCAGUAAGGAUGCAGGAGCAAGGUACAGCGUACCUGGGAGCGCAAUCGGGCGAUGAGAUGAUGAUGAUGCAACCGACGAGUCGACAGUAUGACUCUUAUGGCGGUGAAAGGGACGAGUUACUCGCGAAUGCUCAGGAUAACCCUGUUACGGAUUCUCCACCACACACAAUGAAACGUACUGGAUCACAAUGAGUGAUACGCCGGAAAAAAGCAGAACACAAUGCUAUGUUUAAAUACGUUGGUACAUGUGCUCAGGUUAAUUUGACUGCGAAGACUCUAGGGCGGGAGCAACUUUUUAUCCCUUCUUAAUGAUACCAUUGUCUUUAUGUAUAUUGUGACCCGAUAAUAUUUAUUUACAGAUAUGCUCUCAGGGUUGCAGAGA